UAGUGAGUAAAAUGUGGUGGGAGCGGAUAGCAGCUUUCCAUCCAUUUUGACGCUUCUACCCCUGGGUCUUCUUCUUCUUCUUCCAUAUAAAAACAAUGGUAACGGAUCCUUUCUGUGUGCUCCUGGAAAGUAUCAGGAAUCACGGCGGCUCCCUGUUUUCUUUCUUUUUUGUCUCUUUCUUCUACAGUUUAAUUGCUCUCCCAUUCUUCAGCCUUUGUUCCUCCUUGAAGUCAUCUAUUAUCUCACUGAUGGAAUCCAUUAUCGGAAUCAGCAUCUCCGACGUCAUUUCCUGGAUUCCAUUGCUGUAUUCGUCCGUGAAUGUAAGUGAAUCUCUUGUCUAGAUUCCGAUUGAUUUUACUGGAAACGUUGUGUGUGUAGAGGAAUUAAGUGAGAGAUUUAGAGGCCUAGAGAUUCUGUGUUAUAAUGGAGGAGAGGCAUGUUCUGUUUGGUAAAUAUGAGAUUGGGAGGUUACUUGGGAAGGGGACUUUUGCUAAGGUCUAUUAUGGUAAAGAAUUGGAGUCUGGCGAAAGUGUGGCGAUCAAGGUGAUUAACAAGGACCAGGUCAAGAAGGAAGGGAUGAUGGAACAGAUCAAGCGUGAGAUCUCCGUGAUGCAUCUCGUUCGCCAUCCGAACAUCGUUGAGUUGAAGGAAGUAAUGGCGACUAAGACGAAGAUCUUCUUCGUCAUGGAUUAUGUUCGCGGCGGCGAGCUAUUUUCCAAGGUUGCCAGAGGUAAACUCAAGGAAGAUGUGGCUCGCAAGUAUUUUCAGCAGUUAAUCAGCGCCGUCGAUUACUGUCACAGCCGUGGAGUCUCUCACCGUGAUUUGAAGCCGGAGAAUCUAUUGCUGGACGAGAACGGAGAUCUCAAGAUCUCCGACUUCGGACUCUCCGCCCUACCAGAACAGCUUCGGAACGACGGCCUUCUCCACACGCAGUGCGGUACUCCGGCGUAUGUCUCACCAGAAGUACUAAAAAGAAAGGGCUACGACGGGGCAAAAGCCGAUAUCUGGUCUUGCGGUGUGAUUUUGUAUGUUUUACUGGCAGGAUUCCUUCCAUUUCAGGACGAGAACAUCAUCACUAUGUAUAAGAAGGUUUUCAAGGCCGAAUUCGAAUGUCCGCCAUGGUUCUCCGCCGAAGCCAAGCGGUUAAUUUCAAAGAUACUCGUUGUAGAUCCAGGAAGACGAAUCACAAUCGGAGCAAUCACGCGCGUUCCUUGGUUUCGGAAAGACUUCUCCAGAUCGCUCUCGUUCACGAUGAAAGAAAUCAUCGCAGCGAAAACAGAGGACUCCGAUUCCGAUUCCGAGAGUUCGAAACUGUCGACGCCAAAAUUCUUCAAUGCGUUCGAGUUAAUUUCGUCGAUGUCGUCCGGAUUCGAUCUGUCGAGCUUGUUCGAGAACGAAAGGAAGAGCGGAUCCAUGUUCACAUCUCGAUGCUCGGUGUCGACGAUCAUGGAGAAGAUCGAGACGGUGGCGAAGAGACUGAGCUUCAAGGUAUCAGAAGUGAAAGACUUCAAGCUACGGCUGCAAGGUCCGACGGAGGGACACAAAGGAAAGCUAUCUGUGACGGCGGAGGUAUUCGAGAUAGCGCCGGAAGUUGCCAUCGUCGAAUUUUCGAAGUCGUCCGGCGAUACUUUGGAAUAUUCGAAGUUCUGUGAAGACGACGUCCGGCCUGCGCUGAAAGACAUCGUUUGGACGUGGCAAGGUGAUUGUACCCCUAACGCUGACGGACGUAACGGUCAAUUUGACGGUGACGGAUUUUUCUGAAAAGGAAGAAACGGUGAUUACGGGCACAGCCUGGGAAAAUUGUUUCUGUUUUACUUUAACUGUUUUUUUCCCCUUUUUAAACGUAAAUUACCUUCCAGAGGGAAAAGGGUUGUGUUC